AUGACGAAGCACAUGGCGAAGCACAUGACGAAGCACAUGGCGAAGCACAUGACGAAGCACAUGGCGAAGCACAUGACGAAGCACAUGGCGAAGCACAUGACGAAGCACAUGGCGAAGCACAUGACGAAGCACAUGGCGAAGCACAUGACGAAGCACAUGGCAAAGCACAUGACAAAGCACAUGACGAAGCACAUGGCGAAGCACAUGACGAAGCACAUGACGAAGCACAUGGCGAAGCACAUGACGAAGCACAUGACGAAGCACAUGGCGAAGCACAUGACGAAGCACAUGGCGAAGCACAUGACGAAGCACAUGGCGAAGCACAUGGCGAAGCACAUGACGAAGCACAUGACGAAGCACAUGGCGAAGCGCAUGACGAAGCACAUGACGAAGCACAUGGCGAAGCACAUGACGAAGCACAUGGCGAAGCACAUGACGAAGCACAUGGCGAAGCACAUGACGAAGCACAUGACGAAGCACGUGACGAAGCGCAUGACGAAGCACAUGACGAAGCACAUGGCGAAGCACAUGACGAAGCACAUGGCGAAGCACAUGACGAAGCACAUGGCGAAGCACAUGACGAAGCACAUGACGAAGCACAUGGCGAAGCACAUGACGAAGCACAUGACGAAGCACAUGACGAAGCACAUGGCGAAGCACAUGGCGAAGCACAUGGCGAAGCACAUGACGAAGCACAUGACGAAGCGUAUGACGAAGCACAUGACGAAGCACAUGGCGAAGCACAUGACGAAGCACAUGGCGAAGCACAUGACGAAGCACAUGGCGAAGCACAUGACGAAGCACAUGACGAAGCACGUGACGAAGCGCAUGACGAAGCACAUGACGAAGCACGUGACGAAGCACAUGGCGCUGUGA